UUCGUGUGUUUUAUAAAGAAUUUCUCACAAAACCCAAAAACCACUAACUGUGAGCUUGGGCUCCCUGUGGUAUCUUCACAUUGCGACGCGAGGUACCGUGGGCACCUUGUCAGUUUUUGUGAAGUAAACCGUUAACCAAUAAACCAAUAAGGAUGUGAGAAAAGUUUAACUAUCUUACGGAGAUGCACUUCACUAGCCAACUAAAGAAAUGCUUAUGAAUACACCAGAGCAUGGCGGAGUUCCGUAUUAUGAAAUUCCUCUCAAAAAACUGGAUUCUCCAACCCUAGCUUUGGCUAACUUCCUUGGAAUUUUGAAUUGAUGGCAGCGGUAGUGUGCAUCGCACAUAAGCUUAGCGUGUUGUUUUUCUUAAUGAAACCGCGCUAUGUGUGAUCGUCUAUUCUCGUUUUUAAACCACUUUAAAAUAAUAAAAGACUAUCCUUUUAGUCUGGGGUUCUCACAGAAACAAGCAGGCAAAAUUUUGGCGAUAUGAGAAGCAUUUUCUUCUUUAAGAAAGAAAAAAAAAGGAACGGAUGCAUGCCAUUUCGCGGCCUUAGGCUUAACUCCUCUAAACGUACAAGGGAAAUAGUUCUUAUCUGGACUGCUAAUUAAGGCUUGUUCUGCUGUCACGCAUAGUUUAUACACCUAUUGUAAACAACGUCCGCGCAAACGGCAAAUGACGAUUGGCAAAUGGCAGUUACGACCGAAAGGACUCAUUCCCGAAAUAUUAUCUCCAAAUUCAGAAAAAUAUAAAUAGAAAAUUCCACUAUCCAUUAAAUGUAAUUGAUAUAUGGUUCUGACGUCGCUUUGAGUUUAUUUACCACCUUCAUUUUCACAAAAAAAUACUAACCAUAAGCAUUUUUCGGUCGUAGAACUGCCAUUUGGAAUUGCCAUUCGCCGUUUGCGCUAACAACCUUAUUUGAAAUAGGUGUAUGAACAAGAGAAGUCCUAGCAUGUUGAUAGCCCUUGGCAUUUCUACUAAAGCACAGACAUGAAACGAGACUCCGCCUUCUAAAAGGUCCUCGUGUUUUACAAUAUAGCAAACUCAUGACGAUCUCUUUGACCGUCAUCAUAGAAGAGAGUACACUGCUCCAUAUCUUCAGCUAAUUCACGCAAGCGAUGAACGCCUCGGUCGCUACAAACUUCACCAGGGCAGCCCCCACGGGACCGCUGGCCUGGCCAUGGGUAGCAAGGUGCUUCUGAUCGCCGCGUACUGUUUCAUUAUGCCAAUAGCCCUGAUCGGCAACGUGUUCGUGGUCCGAACCAUCUUCAAGGUUCCUCGCAUGAAGACACCCACCAACAUGAUGUUCGUCAACAUGGCGCUGUUCGACAUCAUCGUGGCGGUGACCAUGAUGCCCUACAUGAUCUCCUUCAUACUCUAUCCUUUUCGCUGGCUGGGCGGCCUGUUUGGAACCAUCACUUGUAAGCUCACCUACUACGCGUUCUACAUCUCAAUAGCAGGGUCCAUCCUGGCAUUGACUGUCAUGGCCACUGAUAGGUUCUUUGCUAUUGUUCUUCCGUUCAAAAAGGUACGUUUCUUCAAGCGUUUCAAGCUGCUGACAUGCAUCGUGUGGGUGACCUCCAUGUUGUACAUGCUGCCCAUUGCUGUUCUCCAAGAAGUCAAACUGAUCAACGGCGACUUUCAGUGUGCCACCAACUGGUUUAAGUUGGCCGACCCUCUGCUUUCCUUCAAAGCUUUUAGUCUGUGUGUGCUGGUCUCGUUCUACCUGAUUCCGCUUGCUGUGAUGGCUGUGUUGUACGCGCUGAUCGCGCAUCGUCUCUGGUUCUCGCGUAUUCCUGUGGAAAAUGCUCAGGAUGAGACUAACAGGAGGAUUCAGAACAAAAAACGAAAGGUCGUCCGAAUGCUUGUAAUCAUCCUCGUCGUCUUCGCCCUCUGCUGGCUUCCUGCUCACAUUGGCCACUUCAUACUGAUUAUCAACGACUCCCCGACCGAGGUCUUGGUCAUGUUUGGCUUCUUCCUGGGACACGCCAACAGUGCCAUCAACCCGUGUCUGUACGUCAUCCUUCACAGUGGCUUCCGCAGGGCAUUUCUUCAGCUCUUCCCGCGGUUCCGAGGUACCCAUUCUGACUGCAUAUCGAGGAUGAACACCACUGCUGCCACGGUCAUGUCUUCGUUCAGCGACAACCGAAUUUCCCAGAAAAGGAAUGACAUCCAGCGAGAGGCAUUGUUAUGAUUUGAGAGAAACACACAGGGUGGGGUCCAGACCCCACGGACAGCCUCUCUGGACACGCAUGGCCAUCCUUAAUCAAACACCAUAUUGCACAGUCUCGAGGUUAGACGCUAAAUAGACACGCCUUGGCUAUUAGCAGGACAUGCGUUUUGCAAAAUAAAAAAAAAAUACCUAGACUACAUGACAUAGAAUAGAUACAGCCAGUUGACACGUACAUCCAAACGCAGAGAACAGAAUUUACGUGGCUCAUUUGACAAACACUGAAUAUCAAAGGAUAAAUGCAAUGCUCUGUAUGUACAUAAACUGGUCUUUCCAGAAUCAGCCAUAGUUUGGGGGUGCCAAAAAUGCCAGACAUCGCAUUUCAUUAUUUCAUGGUUUCAUUGAACCGUUUUUAGGCUUGAAAGAAAAUAUAGUUUCGUAGUAUAUCUAUUGCACUUCCCCUUUAAUCUGUUGUAGUUAUUAUUUCUAAGUCAUUGCCCGUUCAGCGAUAGUUUAAUGUAUACAGUAGACAAUAGAUAAUGACAUACGGCGCUGCUUCUUCACUUCAAAAGUAACGUACCAAGCAGAUAUUGUAUAGGCCCUGUAACACGUACCCUUUUCUCUUGGAACUCGCAGAAAAAAAACAUUGAAGUCGCACGCGCGUUGUUUUAAGCGUUACCCACCUUACAACUUCAAACACACAUCUUCAACUCGCAGAAGAAGAAAAGACAGUAACAUGGCGCGGGCGCGAGUAAUUUUUUUGGCGAAAUAAACUACAACCACAAAGUGUAUGUGUUACAAGAGGCAGCGAAGCUUAACAAAGUGCUAUAAAAUCUGUAAAAAUAGAUUUUAGAUUUGAAAAAAAUAUAUUCAAAAAUACAGUGUAGGUGCGAA